UCUCGGCUUCUUGCUCCCCGCCUCAUCCUCCCUCGCCUCCUCUUCUCUCGCUCCUCUGAUCCGUGGCUCUCCGAUCAUCUUGCAGGGGCCAGCUUGUUCCCUCUGCUCCCAUAUCAAGUCUUGGUUCGAUUCCAGUACGGUACGGUAUGCCCGGUUCGAGACAAUAUGGCGAACCAUGUAUGUUGGAGGCCUGAGGAGCAUCAGUUGAGUUUAGUAAGCCCUUCAUUCAGGGUUAAUCAUUAGAGGGUGUUUUUGUUCUCAUUGAGACAUUUGGAAUUCAAGCCACUCAUUCUCAAUCUCGAAGGUCAGUGCUCAUCCUUCUUCGAGUGCUAUGGAUGCCCGUGAGAGCCCUCUGCUGAUUACCCAUUCGCCUGAGAUUCUUAAUGGAGAGCCAAUUUUAAUCUCUUCAAAUUGCCUUCCUGUGAAAGCCUUCAAUUUUGAACCUGCGGGGCAUGCCUUCCAUUCAGCUGCACUUAAAUUUUUUGGUUUUUGUGAGGAAGAGGACACAGAUACAGAUGAUCAAAGCGUAUUAUCAGAUGAUAGAGGUCAAGCCUAUAUUCCAUCUUCUGAUUUCUAUAGUAGUAGAGGAAAAAAGAAGUCUGUGGAUGGAAGCAAACAGCAAGACCAUUAUGCGCUAUUAGGUUUGAGCCAUCUGCGAUUUCUAGCUACUGAAGAACAGAUAAGAAAGAGUUACCGUGAGACAGCCUUGAAGCAUCAUCCUGACAAGCAGGCUGCUCUUCUUCUUGCUGAAGAAACAGAAGAGGCAAAACAAACAAAAAAAGAUGAGAUCGAAAGCCAUUUUAAAGCAAUUCAAGAAGCAUAUGAGAUUCUAAUAGAUCCUGUGAAGAGAAGGAUUUAUGACUCCACUGAUGAGUUUGAUGAUGAUAUACCAACAGACUGUGCUCCACAAGACUUCUUUAAGGUCUUUGGUCCAGCAUUUAUGAGAAAUGGGAGAUGGUCUGUUAAUCAACCAGUUCCUUCUUUAGGAGAUGAGAAUGCUCCUUUGAAUGAAGUAGACAGUUUCUAUAACUUCUGGUAUACAUUUAAAAGUUGGAGAGAGUUCCCGCAUGCAGAUGAUUUUGAUCUUGAGCAAGCUGAGUCACGUGAUCAUAAGAGAUGGAUGGAGAGGCAGAAUGCGAAGCUAAGGGAGAAGGCCAGGAAGGAAGAAUAUGCUCGGAUUCGGGCUCUUGUUGACAAUGCUUAUAAGAGAGAUCCAAGAAUCCUCAAGAGGAAGGAAGAGGAGAAGGCUGAAAAGCGGAGGAAAAAGGAGGCAAAGUUUCUUGCUAGAAAGCUACAGGAGGAAGAGGCAGCUAGGGCUGCAGAAGAGGAAAGAAGAAGGAAAGAGGAAGAGGAGAAAAGAGCUGCGGAAGCUGCUCUAAACCAGAAAAAGUUGAAGGAAAAGGAGAAGAAGCUCUUGCGCAAAGAAAGGACCCGUUUGCGAACUCUUUCUGCACCAGUGGUGUCAAAGAAUCUGCUUGAUCUAGAAGAAGAGGAUGUGGAAAAAGUGUGCAUGACACUCGAAACGGAGCAGCUGAGGCAUCUGUGUGAUGAUAUGGAAAGGAAGGAGGGAAUUGGGAGGGCUCAACUGCUAAAAGAUGCACUGGGCAGAGGCAAUUCAAAUGCUAUGAAACAAGAAGCAAAGAGCAUGCAGCCCAAUGGCUCUCAAGACUCUGGUGCAAAAUCCAACCGGGUUAUAGCACAAGUCAAGUCGGACAUCACGUUAAGCAAUUAUGAGAAGAAAGAGAAACCUUGGGAAAAGGAAGAAAUUGAAAUGCUUAGAAAAGGCAUGCAGAAGUAUCCCAAGGGGACAUCUCGGAGGUGGGAGGUUAUUUCGGACUAUAUUGGCACUGGGAGAUCGGUUGAAGAGAUUCUCAAAGCAACAAAGACUAUCCUGCUUCAGAAGCCUGAUUCUUUCAAAGCUUUUGACUCGUUUCUUGAGAAGAGAAAGCCAGCACUGGCCAUUUCUUCACCUCUGACCACAAGAAUUGAACCAGAUGGGUUGCCUGUUGAGGGAACUCAGGAUUCAUCAUCUAAAAUGACAACAAAGCAGUCAACAAGUACUACAAAUAACCAGGAGCCUGUAGAUGGAGUUGUUUUGGCUUUAAAUGGAGUUUCUUCUGGUACAGAACAAGAUGCUUGGUCUGAAACUCAAGAAAGAGCUCUUAUCCAGGCUCUGAAAACAUUCCCAAAGGACAUAAACCAACGCUGGGAGCGUGUUGCUGCAGCAGUUCCUGGGAAAACUGUGAUACAGUGCAGAAAGAAGUUUGCUCUGAUGAAGGAGAACUUCAGAAGCAAGAAAAAUGCAGAGCAGUAGUUUCCACUUGUAGGGCCACCAUUCUUUUUAGCAGUAAAUUUUAGCUACAUUCAUAAAGGAGAGAACUGUUUUCAUAUGACGGCUUUAAGAGAUGCUGCUACAUUAAAAAGAGGGCUUUUUUCUUUUUUUGUUUGAUGAGCUGAUGCAGUAGUUACUUUACUCCACUUGCAGUCAAGGCAUCUUGUUUAUCUUCUUGGAAUUGCUUCAUCAUGCUGAGGGAUGCGUUGUUGUAAAUGGAGAUAUAUAUUUGCCUGCUUUGUACGAGUGAAAUUGACAUAGAUCUCUUUGUAGCUAAAGCUUUUAAGAUAUGGUUCUGAACAUUCUUCUUCUUUUUCUGACAAGAAUGAGCAAGGUGUAGAAUGGAAUAUAAACUUCAUGCCAUACUAAUCAACUUGUCAAGAAUUAUGUUUUGGUUAACUUAA